GUUACAGUGAGGUAGCUUUGUAAGCCACCAACCACUCAGGUUGUUUAUCAACGUCUCAACUCUCUCUGAUCUCCUUUUCCCACAACUCACAUUAUACUAUAAACUGAGACAAGAGGUCAUUUCACAGCAUGUCUGAAAAGUCACCUCUUAGUAUUGAGAGCGUGACACCCGUCGUCCGCUCUCGGCCUUCAUUUCCGAAGAGAGCCAUUCUUAUCGUACUAUCAUCCCUAUUGGUCAUAGGCACAGUGCUACACCCAACGUUGAAAUGCCGUCAUUCGUUCUCAAAAGCCUACUCCCAAUUUCGCCCACAGUCUGUUGAGCAAAGAGUCCAGAAGAUACUUUCGAAGGCCCCUUUAAUAGAUGGGCAUGAUGAUUUUGCUAUAUUUAUCCUUGCCAAGUAUAGAAACCAUAUCUAUAACGAGAAUUUCACGAAACCCUUUGUAGAGGGUGGUUUGGAGCAGCAUGUCGACUUACCUAGAUUGAGAGAAGGGCAGAAUGGGGGUGCUUUCUGGAGCGUCUUCGUGCCCUGUCCUGCACAAGGGAACAAUUACUCCGAUGCAAAUUAUGCCACUAGUGUUCAGCUCACCCUGCAGCAAAUUGACCUGAUGACCCGAUUACAAGCUGCAUAUCCGAAAGAAUUCUCCGGUAUUCCAGUGGAUAGCAAAGCCGCUGUGGCUGCCUUUAAGAAGGGCAAAUUUAUUUCGCCGCUUGGAAUCGAGGGUCUUCAUCAAAUUGGUAAUUCGGUUGCUAACCUGCGCCGCUUUUAUGAUUUGGGUGUCCGUUAUGCCACUUUAACCCAUAAUUGCGGUAACAUAUUCGCCGAUGCAGCUCUCUGGGAAAAUCCUUUUGCUGUGGCGCCACCGGUGUGGGGUGGCGUUUCUCCCAAGGGAAAACAGCUUGUCAAUGAGAUGAACCGUAUCGGUAUGAUUGUCGACUUGUCCCAUGUUAGUGUAGACACUAUGAGGGAUGUCCUCGGUGGUAGUGAAGAAUGGGAGGGCAGCAAAGCUCCCAUCAUGUUCAGUCAUAGUUCGGCCCAUGCGAUCUGCCCGCAUCCCCGUAACGUGCCGGACGAUAUACUGCAACUUGUGAAGGAGAGGAAUUCAAUCGUCAUGGUGAACUUCUCGCCUGAUUUCAUUAGCUGUGUGGAUAAGGGCGCUGAAAAUGGCGUUCCUGAAUUCUUUCCUGAAAACAACACCCUUUCCCAAGUGGUUGACCAUAUCACUUAUAUCGGUGACUUGAUUGGAUAUGAUCACGUUGGAUUAGGAAGCGACUUUGAUGGCAUCUCAUCCACCCCCGAAGGCCUGGGUGACGUGUCCAAGUACCCGGACUUGAUUGCCGAGCUAUUACGCCGAGGGAUCUCAGACGAAGACGCCAGCAAGAUCGCAGGUAGUAACAUACUGCGUGUGUGGGGAGAUGUUGAGAAGGUGGCUGCAAAGUUGCAGGCAGAAGGGGAGCCUAUCUUGGAAGAUGAUCUUUCGAGCUUGUUUGAGUUAGACGCAUACUAUGCUAGUAUGGCAUCGUGAAAAGAGCGUGUGAUUUGGAUAUAAUUGUCGAGUUAGCGUUCGGGUUUGAAACAAAUAUCUAAUAAUUCAUGGCUUCUCAAGGUGUCCUAUGAUCCAAUCACGUUAAUAAGGUAGUCGUUAAUGGCAAGCGACUGGUUUACCACGUGCAUUCAUCUCUAAGAACCUAUUUUAGGUUGGAAAUAUCUACCAAGGUAGAUGUCAUAACAUACAUGUAGUCUUCAAUUUAGAGUCACAAGACCAAAAAUGUAUUUCACUCGAAAAUAAGGG